UUGGUUGUUUUUGACAGCUAGAUCGACAGACUUGUGUGGUGUUCAACCUUGUCUGAAUGGCGGUGUAUGUGGAGGAGACGGCAUCGCCGAGACGUGCACCUGCCCUCACGGUUACCAUGGAGAAUUCUGUGAAAUGCCUGAUCUGUGCAGUAGUGAGCCGUGUCAGAAUGGUGGUGCGUGUGUACAAUCGGGUGACAUGAUUGUGUGUACGUGUGAAGAAGGCUACGGUGGCAUGCUGUGUGAACUAUAUGAGACAAGAUGCGAAGAUCAACCAUGUUUAAAUGGCGCUACUUGUUACCAGGACCCAAACACCCCACAGUUCGUUUGUACGUGUACAGUAGGGUUUAUUGGAGUCAAUUGUGAAAUAGAUAUUGACAAUAGUUGUGCGUCCGAUCCAUGUGUGUAUGGUUCGUGUAGCAACGCGCAUACUGGCUAUUUGUGUGAUUGUAUGCAAGGCUGGACUGGGAAAAAUUGUCACCAAGAAAUUAACUUGUCGGGAAACGGUUUUCUGAUAUCAACGACAGAACAGGACGGUGAUUCACUGCCUAGGCUGCCAAAGGACGACGAGGGACUUGACGCGGCUGUUGUUACUGCCAUAGCCCUCUCCAUGGUUAUUGGCAUCGUGAUUGGAAUUGUGGUUACAGUCUUUAUUUACUGUGUAAGGAAGCGGCGAAUCCGGCGAGACGCCUACUUGAGAUCUGGGGAAAAGAUGAACAACCGACACGAGACUACAGAUCAAGAAGCAACGGUAGAUAAUGAUAUGGUUUUACGUUCGUACGAAUCAAUGACUUCUAUUGACGAACUGCCAGACCCUACACCAGCCGUGAUACUCACGAGAGAGACGUAUUAUGAACUAGGGGACGACCAGCUGAGAAAUAACGAACAUGUAUCUCAAGGCAGGGAGCCAAUUAGUGCCAAUGAAGACGCUCUUCCCGAUAGAAUUCACAAUAAUCUGGCUCCUUCGUUAAAUGAUAGCGAAGAAGACAACGAACUUGCGAUUACCGUGGAUUCUGUGGCACAUUAA